CGUUUGCAAAAGAUCUUGUCGUUAAAAAUUACUAUCAAGAAGAAAGAAAAGAAAAUGCAAGUUAAGAGUUUAUCUGACAUUUCUGAGAUAGACAAAAAUAUUAAAAACAAGUUUCGCUGGAAUUGGCUUCAAGAGAAAGACUAUAAUGAUGAGCAUUAUUCAGCCUAUAUUACAAAGAUAAAUAAAGCCGGAGCGGUACGAUGUACAAUAUGUAAUAAAGACUUUUAUUAUGGAAGUGAAGGUAAAAAAUCUUUACUCAGCCACUCAAAGUCUAAAAUGCAUCGUCAAAGCUGCGCAAUGAUUAAGUCCAACGAAGCCAUACCGUCGUCAUUUUUUACUAAUUUAAAAAAAACAGAUAUGUGCAUAUUGCCAUAUGGCACUCCGGAUAACGUGCAUAUUGGCAGUACUUGCACAAAAAGAGUAAAGCCUACCAUUAAACCUAUUGUAAGUUUUAGAGACAGGACAUCAAAUGCAGAAGCUAUGACACUCGCAUUUAUUUGUGAACACAAUCUUCCAAUAUCUUUAACAUCCCAUAUGAUUGAAUACGCAAAGGAAAUGUCUAAAGAUCAUUGUGUUUUAAAAAAUUCGAAAAUGUUCAGAACAACUGCUUCGUAUAAGCUUCGAGAAGGAUUAGGUGAAGCUUUUCAUGCUAAGCUUGUUUUUGAUAUGAAAAUAAAAAUGUUCUCCCUUAACAUAGAUGAGUGCUUCUCGGCAAAAAAUGAGAAGGUUCUCAGUAUACUCGUAGCAUAUUUUUGCGACAAAACUAAUAAAGUUGUAUUAAAGCACUACGCGUCAUUAUCGCUUGUUACGGUAAAUGCCGAAAGUCUUUUUAAUGCUGUUAUUCAUUUAUUUAACAAAGACGCAAUUCCAUUAAGUAAUCUUGUUUCCAAUUUAUCAGAUUCUACCAAUUAUAUGAGAGGAAAAAUCAGUGGGUUUGAAACAAGGUUAAGAAAAGCGGUUCCUCACUUACUUGAUAUUGAUGGUGAUAUUUGUCACAUACAACACUCCAAAGCAAAGGGUUUGUCAUCGAUGGUUGUCUGUUUUAGAUUGCACUCUUCCUAUGCUUGA